AUGAUGGUAGACUGGGGUGUGCUGCCCUAUGACAUCCUGGACAAUGUGAAGACGAUACUGAAACAGCAAUUGGGAGCCACCUCUUUGGUGGUGAGAUCCCUGCGGCUGGUGAAUCGACACUGGAGCCGAUGGGCCACCGAGUCCGCUGAACACCUGACCCUAGCCAUGGGCGCUCCUCUGCAAGAGCUGGUGGAUGCCCUCGUGGGGAAGUUCAUCGGGGUCAAGGCGUUGGGGUUCUCAUUCAGAUGUGGGGAAUUUGGCGGCAUGGCCCAAAAGGACCUGGCGUUGUUGGCAAGGCUGCCUCGCCUGACUUGGCUGGAUGUUGGGGGCUGUGAUGUGACCGACAGCGACAUGGACAGCUUGGGCCGAAUGACCAACCUCAUGCACUUGGACCUGUCGUGGUGCCGAAGGAUGACAGAUUCCGGGGUGGCGCAUUUGGCCAUGCUGCCAAGCCUCAGCCACCUCAAUCUGAAAGGGUGUGCACUGGUCACCAGCAAGGGGCUUCGGCACAUUGCAGGCCCAAAACUCCUGACCCAUCUGGGCUUGCGCUCUUGCAGGGUCAGCGAUGAUGGAAUGAUGCAUGUCGGUGCGUUGACGGCAUUGACUUGUUUGGAGUUGGAUUGCUCACGUUUGACCGAUGAAGGUCUGGGCCAGCUGGGGAAGCUCAGUAGACUGAAACACUUGUCGCUGUGGGGAGAGGGGUGCUGUGGAGGGUCAGGUUUGAAGUGGGCGGAGGGGUUGCAGGGCCUCAAGCACCUUGACCUGCACGGCUGCCAGGGCGUUACGAACCGGGGGCUGGAAUGUGUGGGGAAGCUUCUGGCGCUUCGGUUUCUGGAUGUGCGCAACUGCCGGCACGUCACCGGUGCUGGGAUUGGACGCUUGCCCAAGUCGCUGUGCAUUGCGGGUCCCAAGAGUACCGAUUGGCGCCGCAAUGAAAUUGGCAUGGAUGAUUCCGAUCUUGAAGAAUAUUACGAGGACAAUUCUAGAGCUUGCCAUCUGCAUUACUAG